CCCGUCGGGGGCCCGGAGUGGGGGGGCUCGGAGCGGGCACAGGGGCGGCUCUGGCGGUGGAUUCGGAACGGGCGGCGAAGUGACCCGGACAGCUGUCCUCUGACAACACCUCAGCCUGCCUCUCUCCGUGGCCAUGAGAACUGCCUACCUCCUCCUGCUCUUCCUGCCUGCAGGCCUGCUGGCUCAGGGCCAGUAUGACCUGGACCCGCUGCCACCGUUCCCUGACCAUGUCCAGUACCCGCACUACAGUGACCAGAUUGACAAUCCAGACUACUAUGAUUAUCAAGAGGUAACUUCUCGACCCUCUGAGGAGCAGUUCCAGUUCCAGUCCCAGCAGCAAGUCCAACAGGAAGUCAUCCCAGCCCCAACCCCAGAACCAGGAAAUGCAGAGACUGAGCCCACAGAGCCUGGGCCUCUUGACUGCCGCGAGGAGCAGUACCCGUGCACCCGGCUCUACUCUAUACACAAGCCUUGCAAACAGUGUCUCAACGAGGUGUGCUUCUACAGCCUCCGCCGUGUGUACGUGGUCAACAAGGAGAUCUGUGUCCGCACAGUCUGUGCUCACGAGGAGCUCCUCCGAGCUGACCUGUGUCGGGACAAGUUCUCCAAAUGUGGUGUGAUGGCCACCAGCGGCUUGUGCCAAUCCGUGGCAGCCUCCUGUGCCAGGAGCUGCGGGGGUUGCUAGGCUGGAGCUGGCUUUCUGAGCCCUGGCCCUCCUCAGCUCUGGGGGCUUUCAGGCCCCACCUGACCUGGUGCUUUUCUCCCCAUCCUGAUGAUGUUCCUUUUACUCUGUAAAGUUAGUGGACUGCAGCCCCGGGCGUGUGUGCUGUAGUGCUUCAGGCUCCACCCCAGCCUGUGGCCACACCUGGGUCAUGACAGGAGUUCCCCACUGUCCAGUCUCUGCCCCCUUGGUGGGGGACACCUCAGGCCUCUUUGUGGAACCUGGGCCCCUGGGGCCUUCGCAGCCCCUCUGAGGAUAGACAGUUCCCCUUUUUACAGUCCCCCAGGUGAGGGGCUAUGCCCCUCACCCCAGCUGGUCUGCUUGGAUUUCCUACAGCCCCCCUGGGCAUGGACCUCCUUUAUUUUAUACAAAAUUAAAAACAAGUUUUUACAAAA